AUGAAUUUCAUACUAUUUGGAAGUUUCUUAUUAAUUAUAAUCAAUUACGGAGAGGCAACAACUUGUCCUACUGGAUAUAAUGUAAUUACACAGGGGUGUUACAAAGUAAUUAAUGGUACUGGUGGUGGAUCAUGGAAUUAUGCUCGAGAAUAUUGUUAUAAUGAUUCGUCAGUAUUAUUAAAAAAUGAAACUGUACCAAAUGCAACAACACAUCUACUUGCAUUGGAAGUUCUUACAGAAAAAAAUUCUUUAUUCUAUUGGAUGGCAGCUUAUGGCCUUCAUAGUCAAUUUUGGAUUGAUGGCACUGUUUCAUUAUCAACAUGGGAAUGGUCAGGACAGUCAAUAACAUGGUAUUUUGAGGCAUCACAACGAGCAGUUAUAGGCAAUGGAACAAACUAUAAACUUGUCUAUAAUUCAACUCAACAAGGUUAUCAAAUAGCUGAUGAUAUUCAAAAUAGUCGACUUUUUUUUAUUUGUGAAUAUCAAGUUCCAUGCAUUAAUAGUACUACAUGUCAACCCAAUGGGCAAUGUUAUCUGAAUCUUGGACAAGAACUUUGUGUUUGCAAUCCAGGAUACACUGGUGUUUCUUGCGAAACUGAAGUGGAUAAUUGUUUAUCAGCACCAUGUCAACAUGAUGGAGUAUGCAUAGAUGCUAUAAAUAACUAUACAUGUGAUUGUUCAAGUACAUUUUAUACUGGACCAAAUUGUGACAUAGAAUUACCUGAUAAAACAGAACAUAAACGUUCUACAGCAUUUUGGACUAAUUUUGGUCUUGUAAUGUUUGUAAUAGCUAUGUUAACAAUAUCUGAUUUACCAUGGCACAAUAUUUCGACUAGUAUGGGAUGUUCAAAUUAUAAUUUUAAUAUUUUUGGAAAAAAAAACAUAGAAGAAAGUACUAAUGAAAUGGAUGUUUAUCCAUCCGAGUCAACUGCAUAUAAUGGUGAUAAUGGAGGAAAAAAGAAGUCAGUAAAUGAUGGAGUAACAGUAAUGAAAGGCAAGAAUUAUAAUGUAAUGAAUACAGUAUGGAAUCCGGAUUAUUCAAACUUUCAAACACCAAGAAAUCCUCAAUAUAAUGGAUAUUUUUCUCCAGAUCAAAAUACAGUACCUAGUAUAACACAAAUACAAUCACAUGCAAUUAAUGCUGCAUCUAAACCAAAACCAAUAGAAGAUAAACGUAUUUAUGCUGUUGAUAUAAAUGAUUCAACAGCAACAACAACAACAAGAACAGCAACGCCAAGAGAUCCUGCUGAUACAAUGGUUAGUUGGACACAACAAUUACAAGAACAAUUACGAAAUAAAAAAGCUCGUGAAACAAGUGCUGCAUCAACUAAGCAGUUAAUUCACUCGGCAAAUUCAAAUGAUAAUUAA